GGGGCCGGCUGGCCGGGCUGGUCGCACCCUCCAGAGUCGGCCCGCUGCUCCCGUUCACAGCCUCGGCGCCUCGCAGCUCUCCGACACGCAAAAAUGUCCCGCCCUACCGAGACUGAGCGGUGCAUCGAGUCUCUGAUUGCAGUUUUCCAGAAGUAUGCUGGAAAGGAAGGCAACAGAUGCACUCUCUCCAAGACCGAGUUCCUGACCUUCAUGAACACAGAACUCGCUGCCUUCACAAAGAACCAGAAGGACCCAGGUGUCCUUGACCGCAUGAUGAAGAAACUGGACCUCAACUCUGAUGGGCAGCUGGAUUUUCAAGAAUUUCUCAAUCUCAUCGGGGGCCUGUCCGUAGCCUGCCAUGAAUCCUUUAUGAAGUCUACCUGUUGCCAGAAGUAAAUCUGAGGAGCCUAUCGGCCUGGCCUCCAGACCCCACCUCCCGUCCAGCCCCCCCAGGCCCCCCCAGUUCCUCUCCUCACAACCCAUACACACCCUGAACCAAUGUGCCCUCCACCCCAUGCAGGCCAUUCCUGCUGGUAGUAAUAAAGUAAUACCAGGUUUUGUUUUUUAACCACA